CUUUGAUGGUGCCCGUAUGGCCUCUCAAACUACCCCUUGGAUAGUACGACAAACAAUUCUGCCCCGCGUGUACGCGACACCCCCUCCGCUCACCAACAUCGACGCCAUCGCACGCUUCCCAGAACACGUCCGCCGCUUCGUGCGGAACCUCUGGCUCGAGGACCCACGGACCUUCUCAGACGCCUGCACGCGUCAGGCGCUGUGACUCUGGCACACCAUCCCCAACCUCGCCAUCCUGUAUCUCCCGCUU